AAAAUUUGUCCAUUCUCCAAGCAUCGCCGCUCUCCUCUCUCUCCGUUGGAGCUCGAGCUCCACAAUAACGGCAAGAGGAGAGCCAAGAUUUGUGACGCCCUAGCUCUCUCGAGAAUAGGAUACCUCCAUCUUGGUUCUAGGAACUGAGAUCGAUUCUUAGCUUAGGUCAAUGGCGGGGGCAAUUCACCUUGGGUUCAGAGCUCAUUGCGCUGGAUUGACAUCAGACUCGCCGAACUCUCUUUCCUUUUUAGGGAAUUCAUGGAAUCGAACCGAUUUCGAGCGAUGUUUGAGGUUUACUUGUAGGAGAAGGGAGGGUUACAGAGGGGGGCGAGCUUUGAAGGUUUCUUGUGAGAGAGGGCCAGCUACUGUGGGGAAGAAUGAGAUGUCAAGGGAUAUUUCUGAAGGAAAUGAGGAGCAGCUCAGUAUCGUUAUGAAGUUCGGCGGGUCGUCGGUGGCUUCAGCUGAGAGGAUGAGAGAGGUUGCAGAGCUGAUUCUUAGCUUUCCUGAAGAAAGACCUGUUGUUGUUCUCUCGGCUAUGGGAAAAACUACAAACAAGCUUCUUCUGGCCGGGGAGAAAGCUGUGUGUUGUGGUGUAUCGAAGGCAUCGGAUAUUGAUGAAUUCGGCCUUAUAAAAGAGUUGCAUCUCAGGACACUUCGUGAACUUGGACUUGAUAUAUCUAUCAUUGAUGGUCUGCUGGACGAUCUCGAGCAGCUUUUAAAAGAAAUUGCCAUGAUGAAAGAGCUGACACUUCGUACAAGAGACCAUCUGGUUUCAUUUGGGGAACGCAUGUCUACUAGAAUUUUUGCAGCAUAUUUAAACAAAAUUGGUGCUAAAGCACGACAGUAUGAUGCAUUUGAUAUUGGCUUUAUAACCACAGACGACUUUACAAAUGCGGAGAUCCUUGAAGCAACUUAUCCUGCUGUAGCCAAGAGAUUGCAUGGAGAUUGGAUUGAUGAUCCAGCAAUUCCAAUUGUGACUGGUUUUCUGGGAAAAGGUUGGAAAUCCUCUUCUGUGACCACCUUAGGAAGGGGUGGUAGUGACUUAACAGCAACUACAAUUGGUAAAGCCUUGGGGUUACGAGAGAUACAGGUGUGGAAGGAUGUUGAUGGUGUUUUGACAUGUGAUCCUAAUAUUUGUCCGAAUGCAACUCCUGUACCAUACCUGACAUUCGAUGAGGCAGCUGAACUUGCCUACUUUGGUGCACAGGUUUUGCAUCCCCAGUCAAUGCGGCCUGCUAGGGAAACUGAUAUUCCGGUUAGGGUCAAGAAUUCGUACAAUCCCUCAGCUCCUGGUACUCUCAUCACUAAAGCAAGAGAUAUGACUGGGGCUAUAUUGACCAGUAUAGUCUUGAAAUCAAAUAUCACCAUGUUGGAUAUAGUGAGCACUCGGAUGCUUGGCCAGUAUGGUUUCCUAGCAAAGGUUUUUUCUAUAUUUGAUGAGUUGGAUAUCUCUGUGGACUGUGUGGCCACCAGUGAAGUCAGUAUUUCUUUGACUUUAGACCCAUCUAAACUAUGGAGCAGAGAACUAAUUCAACAGGAAUUAGACCAUGUUAUGGAAGAGCUAGAGAAAAUUGCAGUGGUUAAUCUUCUUCAACACAGAUCAAUAAUAUCUCUCAUAGGAAAUGUGCAACAUUCUUCUUUGAUACUAGAGAAGGCAUUCAGUGUGUUCCGGAAGAACAACAUCAAUGUACAAAUGAUAUCUCAAGGAGCAUCCAAGGUCAACAUUUCAUUAGUGGUUCACGAUAGCGAAGCAAGGAAAUGCGUCCGAGCUCUCCAUUCAGCAUUCUUUGAAAACGGCUUCCUCUCUGAAGUAGAGGCUGAUCUCUUAGUAAAUGGCUCUGCCAUGCAUACAUAAUUGUCGAAUCUUUUCA